AUAGCGAUGUCAUUGACGGUUUUAUUUUUUUUCAAAAAAGGUGGAGGUUGUGAGCACGCGACGUCGAGAACGUGACUGAUGUAAAAGAAAGAAAGGGGUGAGGAAAAGAGGCCUGUGAGUGAGGAGUCAUAGUUGUAAGCCAGAUAGAUUAAAGCUGAGAGCAAAGAGAUCAGCCACUAGAAAUUAGGCAGUGAGAUUAAGAAACAGUAACUAUGGCCACUUUACCUAAACGAAUUAUUAAAGAAACAGAAAGAUUAGUGAGUGAUCCAGUGCCCGGGAUUACAGCAUCACCUCUGGAAGAGAAUCUUCGGUAUUUUGAAGUUACUAUUGAUGGACCUAGUUUAUCACCAUAUGCUAAUGGGAAAUUUCAAUUAGAAUUAUAUUUACCGGAUGAUUAUCCUAUGUGUGCUCCUAAGGUUCGAUUCUUAACGAAGAUAUAUCAUCCUAAUAUUGAUAAGUUGGGGAGAAUAUGUUUAGAUGUGCUUAAGGAUAAUUGGUCGCCUGCAUUACAAAUCCGUACGAUCUUAUUAUCUAUACAAGCAUUGUUAGGAGCUCCUAAUCCCGAUGAUCCAUUGGCCAAUGAUGUUGCUCAGGAUUGGAAGCAAGAUGAGCAGAAGGCUAUUCAAGUUGCUAAGGAAUGGACUGAGAAGUAUGCAGUGCAGAAGUAGAUAUGUAGUAAUAAAUGAGAAUGAUAAUAGUGAG